AUGGCUGAUCGCAAGCGUCAACGCGAUGACAAUGUCACGACCCCCACGAACAACAACAACUACCCUCCAAGCUCACCCGUUCUCGGCUCGUCACCACCACUUCCGUCUUCAGACCCAGAGGACAACGGCUUGAUCGAUAAUGAGAUGAUCUCGGACCUGGACGACGACCUCGAGGGUGAGGGCGAGGACCUCUAUGGGUCUGAUAUGGAAAACGAUUAUAACGUGAACGCGAGUCAGGAUGUGUACGACAUUGACGAGCUUGAUGAUGAGGAUUAUGAGCGCAUGGAUCCUGCGGAGCGUGCUAGAGCUGAAGCCGAGAUGGCAAGACGUGAUGCCGAGCGUGCUCGUGCUGCUGGAAGAAUCCCCGAGGCUUUCAUGGAUGAUGAUGCCGGUAACACAUUGAAUGUUGUUCAUCGCAGGAGGCGUGUUCACGAGCAGGACCUCAUGGAUGAUGAUCUUGAGGAUAUGUCGAAUGUUAUUUUGGGACCUGAGCAGUUGAGCGACCACAAGGGAAUGCCGAUCACAGAGUGGGUGACAAAGGAGUUGACACGCAGGACAAUCAUGUCAGAGUUCAGGAGAUUCUUGCUGGAGUAUGUCGAUGACAAGGGAGAGUCUGUCUACGGACCUUUGAUUCGUGCGCUCGGUUUGGCCAACAAGGAGAGUCUGGAGGUCUGCUACCGUCAUCUGUCGGAGGCCAAGCCUACUUUGGCGUACUUUGUCGUCAACGCCCCGCUAGAGGUCUUGAAGAUGUUUGAUGCCAUCGCCUUUGAGGUCGUCCAGAUGGAGUACCCCGACUAUGGACGCAUUCACUCUGAGAUCCAUGUCCGUGUCACCGAUCUUCCUAUCGUCUCGACCCUUCGCGACCUUCGUCAGAUUAACUUGAACUGUUUGGUUCAGGUGACGGGAGUGGUGACCAGGAGAACAGGAGUUUUUCCUCAAUUGAAAUACGUCAAGUACGACUGCGUGAAGUGCGGUGCAACUCUCGGACCUUUCUACCAGGAUUCACAGACAGAGAUCUCGAUCGGAAGCUGUACCUCUUGCCCCUCCAAAGGACCCUUCAAUGUCAACUCGGAGCAGACCAUCUACCGCAACUACCAAAAGAUGACCUUGCAGGAGUCCCCCGGAACCGUCCCUGCCGGUCGUCUUCCCCGCCAUCGCGAGGUCAUCCUGCUCUGGGAUCUCAUCGACAGCGCCAAGCCCGGCGAGGAAGUCGAAAUUACGGGAGUGUACAGGAACAACUUUGAUAUUUCACUGAACUCGGCCAACGGAUUCCCAGUCUUUGCUACUAUUCUGGAGGCCAACUAUGUCAACAAGAAGCAGGAUGUCUUUGCCAGUUUCAAGUUGACCGAGGAGGACCGUAAAGAGAUUCUCCGCCUCAGCAAGGACGAGAACAUUGGCAAGCGGAUUAUCAAGAGUAUUGCGCCUUCGAUUUAUGGACAUGAGGAUAUCAAGACGGCGAUUGCAUUGUCGUUGUUUGGAGGUGUACCCAAGGAUCCUCAGGGUAAGCAUCGUCUUCGUGGAGACAUCAACUUGUUGAUGAUGGGAGAUCCAGGAACCGCAAAGUCGCAGUUCUUGAAAUACGUCGAAAAGACUGCACACAGAGCCGUGUUCACGACAGGUCAGGGAGCCUCGGCUGUUGGUUUGACAGCUUCAGUCAGGAAGGAUCCCAUCACACGUGAGUGGACCUUGGAGGGCGGCGCGUUGGUGCUGGCAGACAAGGGUGUUUGCCUGAUUGACGAGUUUGACAAGAUGAACGAUGCGGACAGAACCAGUAUUCACGAGGCUAUGGAGCAACAGAGUAUUUCGAUUUCCAAGGCCGGUAUUGUCACCACCCUCCAGGCUCGUUGCUCGAUCUUGGCCGCUGCUAACCCCAUCCGUGGUCGCUACAACCCUGCGGUCACCUUCUCAGAAAACGUCGAGUUGACGGAACCUAUUCUGUCGCGUUUCGAUGUGCUCUGUGUCGUCAAGGAUACUGUCGAUCCCACUGUGGAUGAACGUCUCGCCAAUUUUGUCCUCAACUCUCAUCUCAGGAGUCACCCCCUCUUCUCUCCCGAGUCUGACCAUCUCAGCAUCUAUGAGAAGCCCGACGAGGACAUUAUUCCUCAGGACAUGUUGCGCAAGUACAUUAUGUAUGCGCGCGAUCGUAUCCAACCCAAGAUUCAUCAGAUGGACCAGGACAAGAUUGCCCGUCUUUACGCAGAUCUCCGUCGCGAGUCGUUGGCAGGAGGAUCUAUCCCUAUCACAGUCCGUCAUUUGGAGUCAAUGAUCCGCAUGUCAGAGGCCAACGCCAAGAUGCACCUUCGAGAGUAUGCUCGCUCAGACGACAUCGAUAUGGCGAUCCGGGUGAUGCUCGAGUCGUUCUUCAGCGCACAAAAGUUCUCUGUCAUGCGGAACCUCAAGCGGGCGUUCAGCAAGUACCUGACGUUUGCCAAGGACAGCGAUGAGCUCCUGUACUCGAUCCUGAACGAUAUCCUGAGGGAACACUUGCGAUUUAACCAGAUCAGGAACCCACGGAUGGCGAUCAAGUCGAUCAAGAUUGAGGUCUCCGAGUUGAAGGAUCGUGCGACUGCGCUGGAUAUUCAUGACAUCCAUCCCUUCCUAUCAAGCAGUUUGUUUACGAGCAGUGGGUACCGGUUUGACGGCUCCUCUGGCGUCAUCGAGAAGCACUUCUAA